CCUACACAGACACUGAUCCCAAGACUGAGCUCUGAGAGCAGGGAGAAGGCUGUUCAUUUUGGUAAAUCCCCAGUGCUCGGAUUGGCCAGAAGUUGCAUCCUCUGAUGGCAGAAGGCUUUUGUGCAGAGAUUUUUGACAACAUGAAUGAAGAGACAAACUAUGGUUAUGAAAACCAAGACCUCAUGGAAAAGCAACUAAGACUAGUUCUGGUGGGGAAAACAGGAGCUGGGAAAAGUGCGACAGGGAACAGCAUCCUUGGAAAACAUGUAUUUGAGUCAAAACUGGCAGCAAAGUCAGUAACCAAGAACUGUGUGACAGAAAGCAGAUUGUGGAAAGAGAAAGAGAUCAUAGUGGUGGAUACUCCUGGGAUUUUUGAUACUGAUGUGUGUGAUGAAGACACUUCAAAGGAGAUUAGCCGCUGCCUCAUGAUGUCCUCCCCUGGCCCACAUGCCAUCCUCCUGGUAGUCCCACUCAGUCGAUACACCAAGGAGGAAAAAGAUGCAAUAAAGAAGAUCUUGGGAAUUUUUGGUUCCAGAGCCAAGAAACAUAUGAUUCUUUUAUUUACUCGGAAGGAUGAUUUGGAAGGUACUGAUUUGAACCAAUAUCUACAUGAAACUGAGAAUGAAGACUUGAAAGCUCUGAAAGACCAGUUUGAUGGAAGAUACUGUGCUUUCAACAACCGGGCAACUGGAAAUGAGCAGGAGGCCCAGCUAACAGAACUUCUGAGCUUAGUUGAGCAAAUAGUGCUAAAGAAUGGAGGAUUUUGUUACACAAAUCAAAUGUAUCAACUGGCAGAAAAGAUGAUUCAGAAAGAAACUAAAGCAUUACAAAAAGUCUACAUGCAAGACUUGGAAAAACUGAAAAAAGAAAUAAGACAGGAAUAUGAAAAGGAAAUCAAAAACUUAAGGAAUGAAUGGGAACAGAAAGAAAGAGAAGAAAAAAUAUACAGAGAACUUGCAGAAAAAGAAAAGUUCUAUGCAGAGAAACAAAGAGGUGCUAGAACUGAGAUUAUGGGACAACAUUGGUUCAUUGAAAACUUCAUUCAAAUCUUUGGAAUAGCUCAUGGUGUCAUUAAAAUCAUUAAAAUUUUGUUUAAAAAUUAAGGAACUUGAUAAAUUAAAGAUUAAGGAACUUAGAAAAACUGUUUUAUGCUCUCUACUAUUUUUCCAGCUUCUUUCUCUGUUGGUUAUUGAUAAAUAUUGAGGCAUCACAAGUCCAUCCUACCACUCAUGUCUUCAAGAAUAAAGACAGCUAAAAACCUUUGGUAUUAAUAACUAACAAUAUUUAACAAAUAACAUUUUGUCUAAAAAAAGGGACAAUUUUUUCUAUGAAAAUUCAGAAAAGGAAAUCCUAACUUAUUCUGACCCAGAAAUUUUCCCUCUAAGAUCCAGAGGAAAAAAUAAGGAAGAAGAGUGAAGUUUAGCAAAUCCUGCCUUAGAUAAUUAUUUUCUCACAAUCACAGGGUAAGUAAUUAUCUAAGGCAGGACUUGAAUUCAAGCCUUCAUUUCUCUAAAUGUGAUAUUCUAACCAUUACACCACCUAUUUGCUAGCUUUACAUUGAUCAUUAUCUCCUUGCUAUUCAUCUUAACCAAAUGGUUUUUGUUGAGGGAGGAGAUGAAAUCCUGUUAUAACAUAUUUCUUAAUUCUCAGCUGGGAUUGUUCAUAGGUAAUCUGCUUCAUAAUGAUCCACUCUCAUUACUAUUACAAUUAUCAAUCAUCUUCAUUGAAAUAGUCAGAAUUCUACACAUUGUCUUUUACUAGUUAUUUUUGAUUAAAGUUCAUUUAUGUAACUCUUUAAUAUUUACAAACCAUUUCCUCGCAGCAAUCCUCUGAAAUUAUAUUGCAGAUAUUACUCUUAUGUUGCAGGUAAGAAAAUUGCAACUCAGAAAAAACUGACUCAUUUUCAUAAAAGAUGUUAGUGUCAGGGUUAAAAUACAAGCCUCAUGAUCUUGUGAUUUCAAGAUAAAAAAGAUGCUCUUUUUACUAUACCAAUCACCUCUUUAAUAAUUAGUUCUUUACCAAAAGUCUCAGAAUUCAAUAUGUCCUAUGCCAGUUGUAAUCAGAAUAUAAUGAUGGUGCAAGUGGAAUGCCAAAUUCCUAUAAUUUCAGAAACAAAAAAAGACUGAUCUGACAGAUGAGACAAUGUAGUUUAAUGUGAAAUAAUUUCACACUGCUAAGUAAACUGCAUGAUCUUAAUAAAAUUUAAUAUUUCUGGC